UUCAGUAAAGUCCCUUUUAACUAAUUUCCUUCAUCUUUUUUUAUCCUAAAGGCAUCAAUGUUUUAAUUAAAAGAAAUCAACUAAUAGCUGCAGACAAUAAUAGAAUUAAGAAGUUUGCAUAGCCAAAAGCAACAAGUUUGUAAUUUCUUGGACCCCUCAGUUUCCAUUGUCUCUUUCUUCAAAUCUACACAUUCUCUCAUAUAUCUGAUUGUAUAUUCAGUCUCCAGGAUUUGAUUUCUUCUUUCCUAGAGCCUAAAUUAUUUAAUCUUGAUAACCAUUUGCUUCAAAUAGAUAUUUUUUCUGGGCUUCAGAGCAAAGGGUUUUGCUAUGGAUUCUCAAAUUCUUGUUGCACUUGGUCUUUCAAUGUUGGGUGGCUUGAGUACCUCUUUAGGUGCGCUUUUGGUGGUUAUUAACCAGUCUCCAAACUUGAAGAUGCUAGGACUUUUACAGGGGUUUGCUGCUGGUCUUAUGCUCAGCAUAUCAUUCUUUGACUUGGCUCAUAAUGCUAUAAACUCCAUUGGCUUCUUGAAGGGAAACCUCUGGUUUUUUGCAGGUGUUAUCUUCUUUGCUCUUAUCGCAAAUUUCAUCCCAGAACCUACACUUGCACCCAUUUCAAGUGCCAAAGGCAAAAAGAAAGACGGAGAUGAUAGGGGUAAGGAUAUUAUGAAGAAGCAUCGCCGCCAAGUUUUAUUUAGUGGAAUCAUCACAGCAGUAGGUAUAAGCUUGCACAACUUUCCUGAAGGGAUGGCUGUGUUCCUUGGAUCAAUGAAGGGACUUCGGGUUGGUCUAAACUUGGCUCUUGCUAUUGCUUUACACAACAUACCAGAGGGUGUUGCUGUUGCACUUCCAGUUUAUUUUGCGACACAGAGCAAAUGGCAGGCAUUCAAAUUGGCAACACUUUCAGGUCUUGCAGAGCCCCUGGGUGUUAUUAUUGUGGGAUAUCUAUUUCCAAGCAGCUUGAAUCCUGAAAUUCUGGAGGGCCUCUUGGGAGCAGUGGGAGGGGUGAUGGCAUUUUUAACCCUACAUGAGAUGCUUCCAUUGGCAUUUGACUAUGCCGGUCAGAAGCGAGCUGUCAAAGCUGUCUUCUUUGGAAUGGCUUUCAUGUCUGCCAGCCUGUAUUUCCUUGAGAGGAGCUUGCCAGCAGACAUGAGCUUGUAGUUCUCACUUCUCAGUCAUACGGUGUUUCAUUACUCGUGCUGCUCAACUUCGAUGGAACCUUUUCGGGGGUGCUAAGCUUCAAUAGUACCAUAUGCAUUCUUACAAAAUCCAUGAGGCAUGACAUUUGGUUUGGCAAGCUGAAUGGAAGUGAAGGUAUAACAGUUUCUGAGAUUGUUUUAUAGUAAAAUAGGAGAUGCACAUGUCUGAAGUCUCAUAUAUGAACAAAAGAUACAUGGGCAAAAAAUGGAAAAAUAAAAAAGGCAGGCAGUUGAAAUGCUGAAGAUUGAUGUAAAUGAUGGACGGUCAGCUGUGUAAUAUCAAUAUCAAUUAUUAUAAAGAUAAUGAAACGUAUAGCAUCUGAAUCUUUAGCAGAAAGAGGUAUGGCCGAUGAAUAUUGUAUUGUGUGGUUAUUUUACGAAUGGUCAUCUAACUUUCAA